ACAUAAGGAUGGACUUAACUUGUUUCUGUCAGGCAGACGUGAUUCAUCAGCUGAAGUAACCACACUCUUACUGAACAUCAGCGGACUAGAGUCAGAGCAGAAAUUGUGAGCCAUGGAAGUUCAUGCAUGUCUCUUGGUGGUCUCAUACUUAUUGGCGUCCUGUCAUGCCGGCCUUAUUCAAAAGCCUGUGUUGGAGCAUCCUCAGCAGGUUUUUUGUAAAGCAGACUUUGUUAUACGUGCCGAUGUUGUGUCGGGACCUGAAACAGAUCCGGAAGGUCACUAUGAAGUUUUCAGCAUAAACAUCACGGAAGUCUUCAGAGGAUUGUCACGCGGACCUGCCCUGAACGCUACCAAACUUUACACUCCCGGUAAUAUGUCGACAGAGAGAGUGACUGGCCCUUAUGGGAUCAGAGCAGGCGCUGAGUACCUUUUGCACGGCGAAAUUUUGAAAGGUGUAGGAAUGUAUACGAGAUUCUCCUCAUUGCGGAAGGAGUGGAAUAAUGUGAUCCCACAAGAGAGAGAAAAAUUUCAGUAUUAUGAAGCCGGAUGUCGUCAAUGUCAGUUGAAACUGUGUGGUGAAACCGACCUAGAAUGUCAGAAAAAGUUGCCCGGAUGUGAGAUGAAGGCAAAUCAGUUAGCCCCCUGGCAGUUCUUGAAAUCGUUUUGCUGGCAUAGGUAUGAGCACUGUGAAGUGGAUGCAACUGGUGAGCAGUGUUACUGGAGGAAAACAGACGAACCGAAAGAAUGCGAGGAGAGCAAUCCUUCUUCCAUAAAUAGCUUUCAAGGCGUCGAGGCAUGAAAUAUGAGCAGAUGGGAAAAAAACUUGUACCUUCAAAUGAGACUUAAAAAUAAAAUAAAAAUACGAUAUUAUUCGGUGCUUAUAAAUUGCCAGUUCAAUGUAAACUUAGAUAUACCUUUCAUAGGAAUGAUGUUAAGUUGUAUCAAAUCGAUAUCUGUGAGAGCUGUAGACAUCAAAGUAAAUCAAUUAAAGCUUUUAAGACGAAGAA